CAAGGGGGUGAGUCUCAGUUUCUUGUUGUUUUCAGACAGAGCAGCUUACAGAGUAAUAUCUGGCUACAGCUUCUCCACUUCCUUAUUAACAGCGGUAACUGGGACAGGUCAUUCUUUGAGUGAUACAUUUUGACUAGUUUUAGCCUCUGAAGAAGGUCUUCUUUCUCCUGAAUCUCCUUCACCAAUUUUGCUUUUUCUUCAUUUCAUCCUUGUUUGGGAAAAUUCUCAGUCACAAAAUCAUUUUGGAGACCCCUGCCCGACACAGUAUCCGGUGACUUAGAUUCACAUGCAUUGAUGUCCUGCAAAGUAUUUUUCAAAUAUGUAUUUUCUUCUAAUUCACUCUGUGUUUAAGUUUUUCUUGAAAUUCCAGUUUUAUUUUGUUGAAGAUACUGGUUCCUCUGAAAAGAUCUGAUCAUUUUCUUCAUUCUCAACUUUACAACACUUUACCAUGCCACUUAAUUAGAGGAAUUAAAUGAAGAUCUUGUUUUCCUUAAUUGUUCUCUAAGUGUUGCACUCAUGGACUGUUUUCUUGAACUCUUCAUGUGGGGAGGAUUAACACAGGCCUGUGGAUCACUGGGUAGAGUAAUCCAGACAGCUGAGUCUGAUGGGCUUUCCAUCUUACGAAUGAAAUCUUGGUUUACCUCUGCCUCUGCCAUCCCCAGAGAACACAGAAGCCUGUACUGUGGAGUUUUAUCCAGCUAUGAAAAGGAAUGAAAUACUGACAUAUGCUACACCCUGGAUGAACCUUGAAAAUAUUCUACAAAGUAAAAGGAGCCAGAUGCAAAAAGGCCCCAUUUGUAUGAUUUCAUUUAUAUGAAAUAUUGAGAAUAGGCAAAUCCAUAGAGAGGAAGCAGAUUAUGGUUGCCAGGCGCUCGGGGUCAGCAGAGAAAGGGAGUAACUGCUAAUGGAUUUCCUUCUGGAUGAUGAAAAUGUUCUGGAACUAAAUGGUGGUGCCAGUUGCACAACAUUGUAAAUGUACCAAGUUCCACUGAGUUGUACACUUCAAAAUGGUAUAAAAAAAAUGGUGAAUUUGAUGUUAUGUGAAUUUUACCUAAAUCAAUAAAAUAACAACAAAAAAAGGAAAACAAAUGAAGCAACCCCACGGGUAGAAGAGGAGGAGGCAGGGAAGGGGUGAGGAAUCCAGAACACUUCUCCAAGCUUAGUGUCUUCGUCUAUAACACGGGGACGAUAAUGGCCCCAUCCCCCAGCGGCAUGAGUAACACAUGAGUUCUUGUUCCAUAGAAUGCUUUGCCCAGCACAGAAGGCACUCAGAAUUAGUGUUCAUUGCCUUCUUUUCUCUCUAAGUGUCUAAAACUACUUGUCCCGUUUAUUAUCCCUAUUUUUCUUUCUUUUUUUUUAAGUGACUUAUUUUGGGAAGGGUAAUUAGGUUUUUUUUCCUUAUUUAUUUCUAAAAAAUUUUAAUAAAGAUACUGGGGGUUGAACCUAGCACCUCAUGCAUGCUAAGCAUAUGCUCUUCCACUUGAACUAUAUCCUUACCCCUAUUACCUCUAUUUCUUGUGACUGUGGUUUGUGACUCCAGACAACCUGUUCUCACGGGGGCUCCUCUCAUUCCUUCUCACUGCAUGUGGAAAGACUGCUUCACCAUCUGGGAUGUUGUCCUGCCUCCUGUGUCAAAGGCCAGGAUAGUUCUUGGGCCACUGCUGCAGAAUCACCUGACAGCUGGUUCUGUGGGACCCACCUGCUGAAUCAGACUCUGGAUUACAAUACAGUACAAUACCGCACAAACAUCUGGAGAUGUCUGGUCUGGGGGAAUCUGGAGGCCUGCAUUUUUAAUGUGUUCCAGGUGGUGAUCAAGCACAUUAAAGUUUUGAAACACUUGUUUUAAUUUAUUCCUGUCUUUACUAUCUCUUCCAGGAAGUCCGCUCAGACCCCUCCCCUGAGAAGUGCUCUGAUACCCAGUGUGCUCCUUACCUCUGUUUCUGAGUGUCUGGGUCAAAGUCGCCUUGGGUUCUGCCGGGUCUGCUCUUUCCCAUUGGACUGGAGGACUCUCAGGGACAGAUGCCUGGCCCUCUCUUUCCUCUUGUCACCCUGGUUCCUCCAGAGUGUAGGUUUUCCUUGGACGCUGUAGGAAGUGAGACACUUCAGUUUUAAAAUCCUUAGAAUCCUGUCUCCUUUACGUCUACAGAUACCUGGGACACUUAGCUUCUCUCUCUUCCUACCAUUCUAUGUCUGACUUUGUGGAAAUGGGAUUACUGUGUCACAUCAGCCUUUGCUUUUCCCAUCCCGUCUCACCCCACAGGAUGUGCUAGGUUGCCCACCCAACCCUGACAGGUGACCAUGGAUCCUGGAGCCGGGCCAGAUUCAUCUCUGACUAUCAAUGAGCAGGUCAUCGUGAUGUCAGGCCACGAGACCAUCCGAGUGCUGGAGGUUGGAGUGGAUGCCCAGGUCCCUGCUGAGGAGGAGGGCAAAGUGCUGGAGGGUGUGGCCGCCGAGGGCUCCCAGAGCGGAGGCCCUGAGGAAGCCGGGGAAACCGCGGGUGAAGCCGGGCCAGACAACCCAGACUCCUCCACAGAGGCAACUGACAUUUCCUGGUAGGAGGUCCCAAUACCUAACUAAAUCAAGGGAACAAGAAGAAGCUCUCACCUGGGUGAAAAUCUCCAGUUCCUGGGAAGUUCCUUUAGAAGCUCCUAGAAGCUGCUCAUCCAGACUUCAGCUCUCAGGGGAUGGCAGAGAAAAGCUGCCUGGCCUGGAGAAUCCCUGUGACCCUGAGUGUGGCCAACACAUGUCCAGUUUUCAGGGACUGCUACUUCCAAGACUUCACCCUGCAGGAAUCCUGGUCCCUUCCCCAGGCCAGCAUCUGCAUCCAAAAAGUAGCUUGAAGUCACUCCCCGGGAUGCCUCCGAGCCCUGCCCCUGCGGUUGCCACCUUCAGCCAAGCUCCAUGCCAGCCUCAGGCAUCGCAGACCCUAACGCCACUGGCUGUACAAGCUGCCCCCCAGGUCUUGACUCAGGAAAACUUAGCCACAGUUCUGACAGGAGUUAUGGUUCCAGCAGGGGCAGUUACUCAACCUCUUCUUAUCCCCAUCAGUAUUGCAGGUCAAGUGGCUGGGCAGCAGGGGCUGGCCGUGUGGACAAUUCCUACAGCAACCGUGGCUGCCCUCCCAGGACUGACCGCUGCUUCUCCCACGGGGGGAAUUUUCAAGCCACCUUUAGCCGGUCUCCAAGCAGCUGCCGUGCUGAACGCCACUCUCCCGGCACCCGUCCAAGCUGCCCCACCGACACAGGCCUCCUCGCCCGCCCAGCCCCGACCACCAGCCCAGCCGCAGACGUUGUUCCAGACCCAGCCGCUGCUGCAGACCACACCUGCCAUUCUACCGCAGCCCACUGCUGCCACCGCUACUGCCCCCACCCCCAAGCCAGUGGACACCCCCCCACAGAUCACCGUCCAGCCUGCAGGCUUCGCAUUUAGCCCGGGAAUCAUCAGUGCUGCUUCCCUCGGGGGACAGACCCAGAUCCUGGGCUCCCUCACUACAACUCCGGUCAUUGCCAACGCCAUUCCCAGCAUGCCAGGGAUCAGCAGUCAGAUCCUCACCAACGCUCAGGGACAGGUUAUUGGAACACUUCCGUGGGUAGUGAACUCGGCUAGCGUGGCGGCCCCAGCACCAGCCCAAAGCCUGCAGGUCCAGGCCGUGACCCCCCAGCUGUUGUUGAACGCCCAGGGCCAGGUGAUUGCGACCCUGGCCAGCAGUCCCCUGCCUCCGCCUGUGGCUGUCCGGAAGCCAAGCACUCCUGAGUCCCCUGCUAAGAGUGAGGUGCAGCCCAUCCAGCCCACGCCAGCCGUGCCCCAGCCUGCUGUGGUCAUCGCCAGCCCAGCCCCAGCGGCCAAGCCAUCUGCCUCUGCUCCCAUCCCAAUCACCUGCUCAGAGACCCCUACUGUCAGCCAGUUGGUGUCCAAGCCUCAUACCCCAAGUCUGGAUGAGGAUGGCAUCAACUUAGAGGAGAUCCGGGAGUUCGCCAAGAACUUUAAGAUCCGGCGGCUAUCCCUGGGCCUCACGCAGACCCAGGUGGGUCAGGCUCUGACCGCGACAGAAGGCCCAGCCUACAGCCAGUCAGCCAUCUGCCGGUUCGAGAAGCUGGACAUCACGCCCAAGAGCGCCCAGAAGCUGAAGCCAGUACUGGAGAAGUGGCUGAACGAAGCCGAACUCCGGAACCAGGAAGGCCAGCAGAACCUGAUGGAGUUUGUGGGAGGCGAGCCAUCCAAGAAACGCAAGCGCCGCACCUCCUUUACCCCCCAGGCCAUAGAGGCUCUCAAUGCCUACUUCGAGAAGAACCCGCUGCCCACAGGCCAGGAGAUCACCGAGAUUGCUAAGGAGCUCAACUAUGACCGGGAGGUCGUGCGGGUCUGGUUCUGCAACCGGCGCCAGACCCUCAAGAACACCAGCAAGCUGAACGUCUUUCAGAUCCCUUAGGGCUCAGCCCCCAGCCCCGGGUCCCAGCACUUUGUACCUUCCCUUGGCGUCCAGCUGCUGCCCCGGUCCUUCUGCCACGUGCGGCUGUGUUCGUCCUGGGUUGGGAGACUCCACUGCGUGCAUGUGCGUCCGCUGCCUCCCCGCUCUCCCCAUACAGUGCACAUCCUGGGGAGGGUGGCGGGGCCCACGGAGACCUCCAGACUUGGGAGUGGUCACGCCAAGGGAGGGGAUUUGUGGUGUCACUUAAAGAAGCACUUUGCUAACGUGGUUUUCGAAGGGUGAAUUCUGGUUAGGAAUCAGAAACUCCCUGUCUUUGGGGCAGGGCUGCAGCAGCCUUGAGGCUCGCUGGCCUUUAGCUGUUGUUUUUCAUGGCAUUCUUUUUCCACUCUCUCUCCUCCUUUGCUCCUCUGUGUGAGUGUGGCAGGUACGGCAGCUCGUCCAGUGGAAACACAGCCUCACCCACCCACACUUUGCCUGCAGGCACACUGUCCCCCGAGGGAACCCAAGAGAUACAGUUCUGAAAAGUGUGAUGUGCUGCUCAGAGGGUCAGACUGAGUGUCUGCCUUGACCUCAAGGUCAGAAGGUUCCCACAGCCCUGGGGCCAGAACAUGUGAUGUCCUCUCCCUCCUUUCCUUGAUUCCUUUGUGGGGAAAAUUGCACUAAAGCAGAACCUUUUCUUUUGUAAUCCAUGUUGGAAGGAAGCAACAAUGAACUCUAGCUGUCCUGGAGUUGACCUGGGUCUACAGCAGGUUGGGAACUUAAAAAAUAAAGUCGUCCUCCCAGAUUUUAAUCUGAUCCCUGCCCAUGGCUAUCUCCGCAUCAGAGCGGUGUGGUUAAGAGAACUUGCAGCCUGGAAAAUCCCCCUGCCCAAGUAAACAGGCAAGUGGGAGAAAAAUGAGGAAAGGAAUGCUGACUCUUUCUCUGUCCUCAUACUCACCCACAACCCAGUACUGGGGCCUUCUCAAAAGCAGCAAAUUAAACAAGAAGCCAGACAGCAAGGCCCUGGGGAAAAGCCAACAUCCAGAAAGAGCUGAUGGCAGCCCAGGAUGGUCUCUUUGUGGAAGGUGA